AUGCGUAAGUUGCGGACUUUAAAACAAGCAGCCAAGUUGCGUGCCAAGACCCCAUUGGCCGCUGUCCUCAGACAGGACACGCGCUGGUCGUCGACCUUUUCAAUGCUCAAGCGCUAUUUUCGGCUCCGUCCGUUCAUUUCGGCGGACGACGAGGAGCUCGCGGACUUCCUUCCGUCACGCUUAGCCCACCCCAAGCUGGAGACUUUGCUGGCAAGCCUCCGGGACGUCGAGUCCGUGUCCAAGCACCUGCAGGGCGACGGCCUUACGCCCCUGGACGCUCGUGUCCUAUUCGACGAGCUCCUCAAGAGCCACCCCUCGUUCGCGAAGUAUCUCGCCACCGACGCGGAUAUAGUCCACUCCGCCGUCUUCGAGCAGGCGGUCGUCAAGGUGCUGGACGACCAGGCGGCCCUGCUGACGGACGACGAAGUCGCUGCGCUGGAGCCGUUCAAGCGCACGCAGACUCAUCGACGCAAGGUAGCUGCUGCGCCGGCCACGUACGAGCAGCUUAAUGCGAUUCCUCCUACCUCAAACAUGGUUGAGAGGCUCUUCAGCAUUGCGCGCGCUAUGCUGCGCCAUGAGCGCCACCGCCUUUCCCCCAUGAUGCUAGAGAUGAUAUUAUUCCUCAAGAUCAACAGCUCGUACUGGGAUGUUGCGACCGUGGAGCAGUGCCUGUAA